ACGAGCGUACCUAGUACAAAACGUGUAUCCGAAUAAAAAUAUGCUUCUUGUAAGACAUUGAAACAUACUUCAGCUCAGUUGUCUGCCAGUUGUCGAAGCGUAGAAAACGUGCAACGCGCGAAGUAAGAGCGACGUAAAACAACAAAAAUAAAAAAACGGGUAAACAACUCUGAAGACCAGUUUCAUUUUUGAGUUGUUUUUAAGCGAGGAACUAACUAAGAAGAAGAGUUAUUGCGUUGAAGCGCAUAGCAAAUUAACUCUUUUUUUUUGUAUUUUUUGUAAAACAAUUCGAUAUGGACUUGUGAUCAAAGUCUUUAAAGGAGUGAAGAAAGAGUUUACACGAGUAAUAAAAAUUAAUGUGACAAUAUAAUUAAAGAAAAAAAGUGCCGCCGCAACAAAUGACAAGCAACUACGCUUUGCAGAAAAAGUACUUUUACUAUAUAUUUUAUUGAAAAUUGUGCAAUAAAAACUGUUGUUUUCUGAGGAAUACAUUCAACUACGCCAAGUGCUAAUACGCGUUCAAGAAAAAUCUGUUUAUUCUUCGGAAAAUUUAAAAAGUUUAUAUUAAAACAAAGGUAGCAAAAAAAAACACGAAAGCUGAUCAGUGGGUGUUGCAAGUGGAUACAGCUUACAGAGUAUACAGUUUCAAGAUUUUUCUCAAACAAGGAAACUAAAGAAUUAAAACCAAAAGAUGAAUCAAACAUGCAAAGUUUGCGGAGAACCAGCUGCCGGAUUUCACUUUGGCGCAUUCACAUGUGAGGGCUGCAAAUCCUUUUUCGGCCGCUCGUACAACAAUCUCUCCUCGAUUAGCGAAUGCAAGAACAGCGGUAAAUGCGUCAUCGACAAGAAAAAUCGUACCACCUGCAAGGCUUGCCGCCUACGCAAAUGCUACGCAGUUGGCAUGUCGAAGGGUGGUUCCCGCUAUGGUCGCCGCUCUAAUUGGUUCAAGAUCCACUGCUUGCUGCAGGAACAACAACAGCAGGCCAUCGAUGCUGCGAACAAAGCCGCAGCUGCUGUUGCCGGCGGUAAUCCAGCCGCGAAUCCAAAUGCCGGCGGCUAUGGCGAUAUGGCCAGCGCCGCCGCCGCUGCUGCCAAACAACAUAUGCAAUCGCUCAACCCACACAUGGCUGCCGCUGGUGGCUUGCUCGGCUAUCCUGGCUACCAUUUGCCCGACAUGAUGGCUCAAGCAGCACCUUUCAUGUCUGCCGCGCGUCACCCGGCCGCCGACGCUGCUGGCUCGUUGCCUUUCUUCAGCAUGAUGAGCUCGCUGCCGAGCAUGGGCGCAGCGCAGUCUGCCUUCCAGUUGCCACCACAUUUGCUCUUCCCAGCCGCUGCUGCUGCGGCUGCUUAUCAUCCAAAUGCCGCCGCCGCCGCUGCAGCGGCCGCUGAUGCCGCUUAUCGUUCGGAAAUGUACAAGCAUCGUCAGUCUGUAGAUUCAGCUGCCUCCGCUGAUUCGGCGCAUCGUUACUCACCGCAAAUUGCCGCCGCCGCCGCCGCCGCUGCGGCUACAGCAGCUGCAGAGCAGCAAAUGCGCGAGCAACAAGAAGCCGCGCGUCAUUCACCGGAGUUGUGCGUUGGGGGCGGUGAUGAGAAUGAGGACGAUGAACUGGAUGUGCAUUCGCCUUCACCAGCAUUAUCAUCUACACAACGCUCCAGCGAGCAGCGUGUGCACCACCAAGUACAGCAAGAGCGCCAACAAAAACAGUUGCACCCCCACACCCACACCCACCCCCACCCCCACCAAAUACACAGUCCCAUUGCGAUACGCGCCACACCACACACCAUCCCCACGCUCAGCAGUCCACCACUCUCCGUACCGGUGCCAACAUCAGCGCUCACGCCCAACUCAGUCAAUUCCCCAACACACCAGCCAAGCUCACCAACACCAACUGCUAGCGCCAUCGCUGAAUCUGCCGCGCUCUCCUUUGCCGCCAAAAUGCAGUCACUCUCACCAGUCUCGGUCUGUUCCAUUGGCGCUGAAAGCACCAGCGCUGCAAGUACACAGCCGCAGAAUGCCAGCGAUGUCGCUGACGCGCAGGAUUGCCCCAUGGAUCUCAGCAUGAAGGCGGUCAGCUCCAUAUCACGCGCCUCCACGCACAGCUGCAACACCAGCAGCGGCAGUGGCGACUGCGAUAUGCAUUGCGAAUCGAGCGAAGAGGAGGCAACGGCGGUUGAUGUGCGUCGCAAAUUCUUUCACUUCAACAGUGAACACUGCGAAUCGGAUGCCUCGUCGGAUGCCAGCGGCGUCGCUGUGGGUAAGCGGCAGAAAUUGAUCGAUGAAGGCUACAGCUCAGUGGGUUAUGCAUCGUCGCAUGGUUCCGCGGUGUCAACGGCGUCAGCGACAAGCUUGCAUGGCAUCUUUGUAUGCGUCUAAAGUAGACGUUGGCGCCGGCGCUCAGCUGAGACUUGUAGUAGGCGCUGUGGGAGGAGUUCACUCGCUGCCAAUAAAGCAAUAAUUUGAUUGUUGCUGUUGUUCGUUUGUACGUUCAUGCUGGUUUUUGUGGGCUUUGAUCGACGCAACUGUAAAAAAUGCAAAUAAGCGCACAUAUGCAUGUGCACACACACAUACAGUUAUAUAUGUAGCUUGCUAAUGCGCUCUCCUGCCGCUCUUCGAUCGAAUUCACACGCCUACAUAUGCUCACGCUCAUCUAACGGUCAUAGAAGCUUACCAUAAUGUAUUAGAUGGAGAUUUCGAGGCACACACAUACACACACACACCUCCUCUCUUUCGUUUUGUUGCGGGCAUAUUGUAUUUUAAUUGGGCUUUAGCCUGCGACAAAUACAAGUUGAAGCGAGAUGGCAAUACCGUGCAAACAAACGAUGGAAAAAGCAGCAAUAAAUGAGCGUAAGACGGCAACUAUUCAUCAAAGCAAUACAAACAUAUGUACAUGCAUGCGUAUGUGUUUAUCCAGAUCCAAAUAUUCGAAUGUAAUUGAUUUUAAUCGCGAUUUAGUCGCAUUUAGUCUAUUUUAAUUUAAUUAAUGCAAAUGCAAAUGCAAAUAUUUUAAAUAGUUACGUAAGGUUUUAGUAGAAAAUGGGAAAAUUAUUUAUAACAACAAAGUGGCGCAGAUUUGUAUGAGUGUUUGUUAAAUAAUAUGGAAAGUCGAAAAAAGGAAAAAACAUGAUUUAGCUGCACCAUCAAUUAUUUGUAAAUUUAUAGUAUUACACUAAUUCUGUAAAAUUGGAUUUUUCUGUUUUAUGAAGUCUCUUAUAUAGGUAUGUACUCUUUAUUUUCACUUGUAAAUAGCUUACAAAAAUUUAAAAAUUAUAUCCUUUAAUUUUAGCUCAAA